UCAGCACAAAAUCUAUCCAUACUGGUUUUCGUACAAAUCCUUGAAAUAAAACCCAGCUACCUCUAAUUUACACUAUCCGCCAUGAAACUUGAAGCCAUAUUUCAUGGUAGGUUCAAUUUGCAUUCUAUGCUCGCCUGAGCUUCAAAACUUCCCGAUGGAAGUCUGUGAAAUUCGUCCUCGGCUUUUUAUGCUCGGCCGACGAGGUGUCUUUUGCUCGUCUGUUUUGUUGCCGUAUAUAUGCCGUCAGUUGCCCUCACGCACUGCAUUCAAGAUCACUCUACAUAUAAAGGUUCAUAAUUGUCUGAUGAAAACACCUAUAAAGUCUUUGAGAAAAGAUCCUGGUUUUUCAGGGAAUUCAGCUACAACCUCUCAAGAACUAUGCAAGGUGCUUUGGACCAUCGAAGCUGAUUUAGAAGAUGGUGAGCUUUUGUACAUAACUGGAGAUCCAAUUGUCUUGGGUUGCUGGGAGCCAGAGAUGGCUGUUCUCAUGUCUCCUUCUAGUGAACAUGCUAACUUGUGGAAGACUGAAGUAAAGGUACCUUGUGGAAUGAAUUUCAAGUACAAUUAUUUCAUAAGAGGAGAUAAAUGGCCUUCCUCUGAUCUUGUUUGGAGACCUGGGCCUGAGUUUUCCCUAUCAGUGCCUGUAACUCACAAUCAAAUUCUGGUGAGAGAUUCAUGGGUGACGGCUCGGAUGGGAAUCCCUCCUAUGCACUCAUGGGGAUCAUGGAUUGGGGAAGCGUGCCUUCCUGCACAUUCCAUAACAUCAUCUGCUGCUGGGGAUGAAUAUGGGAUUUUAGAAAGUCCUAAAAGUGAUUCUUUAGGGAGAAAGGAGUUCUCAAUUGAUGUUACAGCUGAGGAUGAGUUUCAUUCUGUUGAAAAGGAUUGCACACUUAAUAAUGGUGUUAAUGGAUCAGAUUCUGGUGAAAGAACUUCUGACAGAGACAACCCUAUUGAGGAACCAUGGCUACUCCAAUAUUCUCUCAUUUCCCUUGAUUUUAAAGGUGAGGUGGAAUCUUCUAUGCCCAAGGAAUCUGAUCAGGAUAUGAUAACUCAACUGGAAUUUCCUGAUAAGGCUUAUCAAGAUACAGCAAAGUUAUUAGGUAAACUAGCCUGCAUUGAGUCUGUUAACACUAUUAUAUUGAUUAACUCUUCAAUAUGUACCAUGCAAAGGAUUGCUGUCUUGGAAGAUGGGAAAUUGGUUGAGUUAUUACUGGAACCAGUAAAAAAUAAUGUGCAAUGUGAUAAUGUUUAUCUUGGAGUGAUCACAAAACUUGUUCCUCACAUGGGUGGUGCUUUUGUAAAUAUUGGCAUUUCCAGACCUUCACUCAUGGACAUUAAGCAGAAUAGGGAACCAUUUGUGUUUCCCCCAUUCCGUUCUAAAACUAAGGAGAAACAAUUUGAUGACUUCGUGGUCAAUGAGCUUCAAGAAGAGGUUGAUGCUCAUGAGAGUGAACCAGUUUCACAUGGUGACAUUGAUCUAAGUUAUGAUUUCUCAGAGAUUGAUCUUCAUGAAGACCAGGCACACUUUAUGCAUGUUGAUUUUGAAGAAAAUGAAGUUGAGGGUGAUUUCGUUGUCCCAGAUGCUCUUCAGCAGAAUCUUAAUGGUGGUAUAAUUGGUUAUGAUGAGGGAAAAGCCAAUUUAGAAGACCACUUCGAUAUAAAUGGGCAUUAUGUAGAAGACAAGACUGUUGUUGAAUUCCUUCCUGUUGAAACAGAAGAUCUUAAUGAUACUCAGCUAUCCCAUCAUAUCUUACAGGAUAUGCAGGACUCUGAGGAUGCACAUCCUGGUGAAAACAAAUGGACCCAUGUUAGGAAGGGCACUAAAAUAAUUGUACAAGUUGUUAAGGAGGGUUUGGGGACAAAAGGUCCUGCGUUGACUGCUUAUCCAAAUCUAAGGAGCAGAUUCUGGAUAUUGAGCACUCGCUGUGAUAGAAUUGGUGUCUCAAAAAAAAUUUCUGGUGUUGAACGUACACGCUUAAGAGUAAUUGCAAAGACUUUGCAGCCUCCUGGUUUUGGUUUGACUGUAAGAACUGUUGCUGCCGGCCAUUCCUUGGAGGAGUUGCAGAAGGACUUGGAGGGCCUACUUUCCACCUGGAAAGACAUAAUGGAACAUGCAAAAUCUGCAGCUCUUGCUGCAGAUGAGGGUGUGGAUGGGGCAGUUCCCAUUAUUUUGCACAAGGCAAUGGGUCAAACUCUAUCCGUUGUGCAAGAUUAUUUUAAUGAGAAGGUUAAGAGCAUGGUUGUUGAUUCUCCUCGUACAUAUCAUGAGGUUACCACUUAUCUUCAGGAAAUGGCACCUGAUCUCUGUGAUCGAGUUGAAUUAUAUAAUAAGAGAAUUCCCAUUUUUGACGAAUAUGGCAUUGAAGAAGAGAUCAAUAACAUUCUCAGUAAAAGGGUCCUACUUGCUAAUGGAGGUUCUCUUGUGAUUGAACAAACAGAGGCUUUAGUCUCUAUUGAUGUGAAUGGAGGACAUGGGAUGCUUGGUCAAGGGACUUCACAAGAGAAAGCUAUUCUUGAGGUUAACCUUGCAGCUGCAAAACAAAUUUCAAGGGAGUUACGGCUGAGGGAUAUUGGUGGCAUCAUCGUGGUAGAUUUUAUUGAUAUGGUUGAUGAAUCAAAUAAGAGAUUGGUCUAUGAAGAAAUGAAGAAGGCUGUUGAGAGAGAUCGGUCAAUGGUGAGGGUUUCUGAACUGUCUAGGCAUGGGCUGAUGGAAAUAACCAGAAAAAGGGUCCGUCCUAGCGUGACAUUUAUGAUCAGUGAACCUUGUACCUGCUGUCAUGCUACUGGGAGAGUUGAAGCUCUAGAGACUUCAUUUUCAAAAAUUGAGCAUGAAAUUUGUCGGUUGCUUGCGAAAUCAGAUAAAAAGGCAGACCUUGAAAACCCAAAGUCCUGGCCAAGGUUUGUGCUGAGGGUGGACCGCUACAUGUGUAACUACUUGACUUCAGGAAAAAGGACAAGGCUUGCAAUCCUGAGUAGUUCUCUCAAAGUGUGGAUUCUUCUUAAGGUUGCUAGAGGCUUCACAAGAGGCGCAUUUGAGGUGAAACCUUUUACUGACGACAAGGGCAACAAUGAUCAGAACCAGGUUGCCAUUUCUAGAUUACGACCAACAGAUGCUGGGCCUAACAUCUCAAGUACAAAAUUAACUCUUUUCCCAGUCAAAAAAUGGAAGACGGGUGGGAAAUAAAGUGGCGCAUGAUCUCUUGUAAUUAGAUAAUUUCUAUUCACUCCCUUCUUUGUAUUCUUGCAGCUGAGUUCUCAUUACCAAUUCAUGGCAUGCAAUUUUGUCAUUGUAAGACCUUUUUCAAUGCAGCAUCUACUAUUUAUUUAUCCA